AUGGAUUUUUAUAGUUAUCGUUUGUUUGAACGACCCACAGAGUAUUCAACAAUUUUGAGAGGUGGAAAACUAUUUCAAGAGUUUUUGGUAGAUGCUUGGGCUGCAACUGAGCAAAAUCGAUUGACAUACUACAAGCUUAAUCAAGUGAAACUUCGGGCUGAGCUUUACCAAGAGUUGUCAGAUAUGGAUCCAGAUUAUAUGCGACCUAGUCAAAUUGGUCAAAGGUUUAUUUUGCCAUCUUCAUUUACUGGCAAAAGUUUAAUUGACUUCCCACCCAUGCCACAACCUACUGCAAAUUGGAGUGCAGUAAUUGGGAAAACAUUUUUGUACAAUAUGAUAGCAUUAAAAUGUCGCAACCUUGGGCAUAUUGUUAUUACUGUGGCUUCAUCUGGAAUUGCAUCAUUGUUACUGGUCGGAGGUCGCACUGCACAUUCAACAUUUUCUAUCCCAUUAGAUGUGUUGGAAAAUUCAAAUUGUGGGCUUAAUAAACAAUCAUUACAAGCUGAGUUAUUUAGAGAAACAAAACUCAUAAUUUGGGAUGAAGUUCCGAUGCAACAUAGACAUUAUGUUGAGGCGGUUGAUCGUACAUUGAGGGAUAUUUGUGAUAGUGACAAGCCAUUUGGGGGUAUUACUGUUGUUCUUGGUGGAGACUUUCGACAAAUCUUACUAGUUAUACCCAAAAGAAUUUGUGAGCAAAUUGUGAAUGCAUCAUUAAAACAUUCUGUUCUAUGGAAGCAUAUACAUAUCUUAACUUUGGAUUUGAAUAUGUGCUUGAAUCAUGAAGACCGUGAAAAUGCUAAUUUUGCAAAUUUUUUGAUGGAGAUUGGGACCAAUCCUCAAGAAAUCGUUAACCUUCCAUCAACAAUACACAAAUGUCAAGAUUUGAAUGAAUUACUCUCUACAGUUUACCCACGGUUGAACAUAAUAGAGACGUCAACCCCAACAUUUUUAACUGAACGCACAAUUUUGUCUGCGCGUAACAAUGAUGUCAGUGACAUCAAUACUACUGCAUUGAAUAUCUUUCCAGGGAGAUUACAUACUUAUCUUGCAGCAGAUAAAAUGUCUGAAGAUAAUGAAGUCGAUCCUACUAUUACAAAUAGAUAUCCUAAUGAAUAUUUAAAUUCAUUGGAUCCUUCUGAAUUGCCAACUUUUAAGUUCGAGUUGAAGGUGGGUUGUCCUAUAAUAUUGUUGAGAAACAUUGCACCGAAAGAUGAACUAUGUAAUGGUACAAGAUUGAUGGUUACUAGUGUUUAG